AUGCUCGGGGCCCUGCUGUUGUCCACGUUGGUGGCUGGAGCUCUCAGCUGUGGGCUCUCCACUUACCAGCCUGAACUGCAAAGGGUGGUUGGAGGUGAAGAUGCAGUGCCCAACAGCUGGCCGUGGCAGGUCUCCCUGCAGUACAGCAGCUCUGGCCAAUGGCGCCACACCUGUGGAGGGUCCCUGAUAGCCAACAACUGGGUCCUGACCGCGGCUCACUGCAUCAGCUCCACCAGGACCUACCGCGUGGUGCUGGGCCGACAUAGCCUGUCCACAGAUGAAGCCGGCUCUGAGGCCAUCGCAGUCUCUAAGCUCGUGGUGCACAAGAACUGGAACGCCAACAAGCUCUCCAACGGGAAUGACAUUGCUCUGCUCAAACUGGCUAAGGCCGUCUCCCUGAGUGACAAGAUCCAGCUGGCCUGCCUCCCACCUGCUGGCGACAUUCUGCCAAACAACUACCCGUGCUACGUCACUGGCUGGGGAAGGCUACAGACCAACGGAGCUCUUCCUGACAUCCUGCAGCAGGGUCGCUUGCUGGUUGUGGACUACGCCACAUGCUCCAGCGCUGGCUGGUGGGGCAGCAGCGUGAAGACCAACAUGGUCUGUGCCGGUGGUGAUGGUGUGAUCUCCAGCUGCAAUGGGGACUCCGGGGGACCACUGAACUGCCGAGCAGCUAACGGUCAAUGGGAAGUGCACGGUGUGGUCAGUUUCGGAUCCUCCCUUGGCUGCAACUACUACCACAAGCCCUCUGUCUUCACCCGGGUCUCCAAUUACAUCGACUGGAUCAAUACAGUAAUUGCAGAGAACUAA